AUGGAUCAGUUCUGUUCCCUCUGUGGAGUCAUCCUUGAGCCAUGCGAACCUCUGCCAGAUCCAAGUGAUCCUCCAAAGCGACUGGAUUGGAAGCGAGAGAUUCGUGCAGUGGCCUCUGAUGGAGGAUUUUCACCCGUGACCUGCACUGGUGUUGGCUUCCUAGACCCAGAUCGUCACGACCUCCUGGCUAGCAGUGACCCUGAAACAUCGUACAUGAACCCAGGACAUGGAGAAACAUGGAGUCGCCAUCCCUUGAUCAGCUUGCUGUCUGAUGAACGGGCAUUUGGUUUUCACGAAAUCUGCUGGCAGUUGCUUCUUCAAAAGGUUUCCUUAACGCAUCAUCACCCUGCUAAGCCGCAACGUAUCGCUCAGCUUCUAUUCCAGCUUCUCUACUGCCUGCCAUAUGACAAUUUCGACAUGCCAUGCCACAGCCAUGACUUUGGUGGCGCCCUGGCUUUCUGCAGAAAGGAUCCAGAGGACUUGCCCAGGCCCUGGAGAUUCCUUAUGGCUGAUCCUCGCACUUUCACUUUUAAUUCUACAAACCCAGCUCCCAGAAAUAAUUCCAUACUCCCUCGAGCCACGACUGACUCUCAGAUACAUGAUGAUAUAUUCGCCAAGCUUUCGCCGGAAAUGGUGCAUUUGAUAAUUACCAUGUUGGAAUCAGCAGAUCUUUGCAACCUGCGACUGUCAUCCAAGUUUGUGUCUAAGCUGACCAGUCCGGAUCAUCUGUCGCAGAACUUCUGGAAAAGCCGCUUUUCGGUCGUUCGAGAGAUGGGCUUCUUUUUACCGUUUUCAAAUUUCAGGAUCGAUUGGAGAAGUCUUUACUUCAACUUGAGGCAUAGUAUACUUGACAAAACGGAAACUGGCCACAUGCGCAAUCGCCGCCGUAUUUGGCUCUGCUUAGAUGCUUUGGCUCAAACCUUGAUCCCACUUCUUGACCAGCAGAUUUGUCUCCAAGACCUCGGAAGCGUUCAGUUGGAUGUGGCUUCAGAAUGCUUAUAUUACAUAUCUGGCAUAAGAAUCUCCGAGGGUAACGACAUGGAAAUCUUUGAAGAGUUCUCUCGUGCUGGUUACAUCAUACCUCAGGAUGAAGUUCACAUAUGUCUCCAUCCAAACGAUUGCUUGACUGGUAUGCGGGUCGCUGCCUCUGCAAGCGGUAUAGUUGGUCUCAGUUUUCGAAUCAGAACCUGGACCGACGAUAUCGUUUGGAAGAAUAUAGGUGUUGUUACUGAUCUUCCUGACGGUGUCGGGGUCGCAAACAUGGAGCCGUGUCAUGAUACACGGCUGAGGGGAGUAAUAUUGGGACUUGAUGCAUGCAGGAUUGUGUCACUUCAGGUUUUGGAGAGAGUCCAACGUCAAAAGUUGCGGGAUACUCCAACGCAAAUAGCAGACUAUAGAUCUGCGCUGUGGCAUCCUGACGAACCCGACACCUCUGGCCGUGACAUCAUUUAUCCUCCUACGCCUGUAUUUACGCGGGCGGACGACCCCUUGUUUCUGAACAUGGACUUUGGAGGCCCUGGGGGGGCCUUGGUCUCACGUCUCAACCGGAUCUCUGCUUUACACGAUGAGACGAGCGGCCACUUCAGAGGCUUUGCCUUUUACUAUAUAGAUGGCCAUACAGCAAGUUUCGGCCUGAGGACGGUCAUCACUAGUGCGAGCAAGCGUUCUACCUGUAUCGAGCAGUCCCUUUGCAUAGACGGGCCAUCAGGUGAGAGGAUUGUCUCGCUGGAAGUUCAAACUUCUAAGGCCUAUGUGAGCGGGGACAUCCGCGCUAUCAAGUUGAGGACGAGCUAUAACCGGAAUAUGGAAUUUCGAACGAUGGCUAAGCUAGGAGAAGAAGAAGAGAAAUAUUCACGACAGAUCAUGUCUUCACCUACGGGGAUGCCCAUUUCAGCGAUACUUGCUAGCGUUGAGGGGCCGUCCAAUCGCUGGGCAUACAAUACCAGUGCGGAAGAGGACAACCCGCAUAAUUUUCCAAACAGUAAAGAUGUAAUGUAUAACGCACCUGCUAAUUUUUGGCGCGGCAACGGCUGCUUCACGUCGGUCUUGCUAGCUGGUGUACGACGCAUAGGUGUGUCGACAGGUAUGCCCGGGCGGACAAGGGGGCUUGAUCACAUCGCUGGUCUUUGCUUCGAGUUCUGGGGCUCAACAGAGCAAGUUUACCUAGGACAGUGGUAUCGAGAAGUUGGCUGCCUGUCAGUGAAAGAAGAUGAAAGAAUAUGUGGCUUCACCUUCUGGCAGCAGCAGGAACAUUUGUCCCACGGUCUCGAUACUGUAUUGCAGAGCGAUGGCAACAUUGCGGGAAUCAGGAUAACCAAGACCGGGCUUGGGCAGACAGAUAUGGAGAUUAUUUUGGGGGAUAAGAACGAUAUGCUCCCAUACGCACUUACGGAGAAUCCCUACGAGCGACUGACAGGGCUAGCCUGGGUUUUCAAUCGCGAGUGCGAUUACACCUACGGCCUCACACGACCUUCACACCAUUUCCCGGGAGUUUCUCUAGCCUUGAGGUACAUGUUUGGCCUAUGGCCGGCGAGUCGGCCACCGGAAAAACUGACUUGGCUUGCUGAGGACGAAGAGGGUAGUCUACUCAAAAUCUCUAAAAUGCACGCUGUCUUCUCCCGCACGUCUGGAAAGCUCUGCGGUUUCAUCUUCGACUACGGCGCUGGCCAGAUAUCCAGAACCGCGGGAUCGGGAGAUGGUGUCAAGGCGUCUUUUGAUCUUGACAGCGAGGAGUAUAUCAUUCGCAUAGCUUUGCAGGUUUGGAGAAACGAGAGCGAAGUAGUGUUCUACACAAGUGCCGGGAGGGUACACGCCCUGUCCGCUUCUGGUUCAUGCGAUCAACCACGGGAGAGAGACCCGACAGCUUACGAGGAGUUCGAUUGCGGUGAUCUGAAAGAUGGGUCACGCUAUCGGGAUAAGAGUAAUGAGUGCGUUGGAAUAUGGAUCGCGAUGGCAUGGCGACCUGGAUGUACAAAUCUUGUCCACACGGUUGGUGCUAUCACUAUCUCAAGAGCCGGUAGCUAA